AUGGAGCAUUCAUUUGCUUCUUGUAAACAAUUGACUUCCACUUGCUUAUUUGUGUUCUGUUUUUUGCUUGGAAAAAAAAAUUGCCUAAUAGAUCCAUUCGCCGAGGCAAAUGCUGAGGACUCAGGUGCUGGGGCAGAGGAAUACGUUCAUAUCCGUAUACAGCAACGCAAUGGAAGGAAAAGCCUGACCACUGUCCAGGGAUUGAAGAAGGAAUUCAGCUAUAACAAGAUACUCAAAGACCUUAAGAAGGAGUUUUGCUGCAACGGCACUGUUGUUCAAGACCUGGAGCUGGGCCAGGUUAUCCAACUUCAAGGUGAUCAGCGGAAGAAUGUCUCGACCUUUCUUGUUCAGGUAAUUCCCAUAAAGAGCAUAUUGGGGAUCCUAAUGAAUUUACCUAUUUGGAUUUGUUCUUGA